GUCAUGUGACGGGACCACAUUGCACCUGCAGGGGCACAACAAUAAUAGUGCAGCUGCAGGAAGUGAAACUAUUUCGCAUUUUCUGCUUUUAAACAGUUUUAAAUUAGCUUCCCAGUAGCAUUAAUGUUCACUCACAUUCAGGGGAGUGAACUCUAACUCUAACACUUUAAAACCAUGCUCGCUCUGUGGUUCCUCCUCGGUGUUCUGGUGCCUCACACGGCGGCUCGGUACACCGCGGACUGGGCCAGCCUGGACGCCCGGCCGCUGCCUCCAUGGUACGACCAGGCGAAGGUGGGGAUAUUUGUCCACUGGGGGGUGUUUUCUGUUCCCGGGUUCGGCAGUGAGUGGUUCUGGUGGCACUGGCAGGGCCAACAACCUCCGGACCAGAAGUGUGUGAGCUACAUGUCCAAAAACUACCCCCCUGGAUUCAGCUACCCGGAGUUUGCCCCCCAGUUUCACGCUCAGUUCUUCAACCCGGGGGACUGGGCGGACAUAUUCAAGGCUUCUGGUGCAAAAUAUGUCGUCCUGACUGCCAAACACCAUGAAGGAUUUACAAACUGGGGGUCUCCAAACUCCUGGAACUGGAACUCAGUGGAUACGGGUCCUCACAGGGACCUGGUGGGGGACCUGGGGGUGGCGGUGCGCAACAGGUCGCUGCACUAUGGACUCUACAACUCCCUGUAUGAGUGGUUCAACCCUCUCUACCUGACAGACAAGAAGAAUGGAUUCAAAACGCAGGAGUUUGUGAUGCAUAAACUUCUACCUGAGCUUUAUAACAUGGUUGUAAGGUACAGACCUGAUCUGAUCUGGUCCGAUGGAGACUGGGAAGCUCCUGACACUUACUGGAACUCCACCGAAUUCCUGGCCUGGCUCUACAAUGACAGCCCAGUCAAAGAUACCAUCGUGACGAAUGACCGCUGGGGCGCUGGCUGUGCCUGUAAACAUGGCGGCUACUACAACUGUGAAGACAAAUACACUCCGGGCAAGCUGCCCAAGCACAAAUGGGAGAAAUGCACAUCUGUGGACAAUCUCUCCUGGGGCUACCGCCGAAACAUGAAGAUGAGCGAACUGAUGGACUUACCCUCCAUUAUAGAGGAUCUGGUUCACACUGUGGCUCUGGGAGGGAACUACCUCCUGAAUGUGGGUCCCACACCUGAUGGGAUGAUCCCCGCAGUGUUUGAGGAGCGGCUCAGGGGGGUCGGAGCCUGGCUGCAGAUCAAUGGAGAGGCCGUCUACGCCUCCAAACCCUGGAGGGUCCAGACCGAGAACACCACUGUACCAGUCUGGUAUACUUCUAAAGGAACCUCUGUGUAUGUCAUCAUGAUCACCAAACCCCCCAAGCUCACACUGCUACUACUGGGACCCAAAACAUCUGCCGUCACUAAGGUGACUUUGUUGGGAAAUCCGAAACCUCUCCCCUGGUCUCCGGUCAGCCCUAGUGGGGGUCUCACUGUUCUUCUGCCUGAGCUGCCCUAUGCCCCCGGGCAGGCCUGGACACUCAAACUGGACGGCAUCCUGUAAGCCUUGAACCUUUAAAAUGCUGAAUAUCAUGAUUUUUAAUAUCUCAGGUUUUUAAUGAUCUUUGUGGGAUAUGGGUGAAUGUAUGCACUACGUUUAAAGGGACAGCACUUAUGUAAUGGAUUAGUAUUUGUGCCAAAAAUGAAAGAAUGAAACACUCCUCUUCAAUGAUUCCUUUUAUAGCUCUGAGGACUUCAGAUUGAAUGUGUCACUGCUUGUUAAUUGCGCUCUUUUAGAUACAAAUGUUGAAUGAAAAGUGGUAUCUUCUGUUCAGCUUGUGAAGCUCUCCUGGCAGCUCCCCAGCUGUCCAAUUGCUGUUUCAGAAAGAAUUAAUUAGGAGGGUUUGUUGGAAAAUAAACCGUUUACAUACAAUGCACUUUUUAUUUGUUUUACUGUAUACUCUAAAAACAACUGAAUAAAAAUAUUUUCUGAUGAAUA